AUGGAUAUGGCAAGUGACACUAAGAAAAGAAAAUUUGCAGAAUGUCAAGAAAAAUCCCCAGCCACAGAAGAGGUCUCGAGUGAUGAGAACUCUUCAGGGGGUAUUCUCUUUAAAAAAGGACCAUGGAGUUCUACAGAGGAUGAAAUAUUAAAAGCAUAUGUCUUGAAGUUUGGUGCGAUAAAAUGGGAGGAUGUCAAGAAAUAUACAAGACUUUUACGUAGUGGAAAAAGCUGUCGUUUGCGAUGGCUCAACCACUUGCGCCCCGAUCUAAAAAAAGGGCCUUUCACCAGUGAAGAAAAAGAUCAUAUCAUAAAACAAUAUUAUGAAAAGGGACCCAAGUGGUCCCUUAUAGCAGCUGAGCUGCCUGGACGUACUGAUAACGAGAUAAAGAACUUUUGGAACACAAGACUCAAGAGGGCACAACGCACUGGUGAAUCCAUUUUUCCCACUGAUAUUUGUUCACCAACAAAGACUGAGAAUCAACAACGUGAUGGAAUGAUCUCAUACGAAAAUGGAGAUAAUUACCACAGUGAGGCCUUACAAAUAAAUGGUGAUACCAAUAUUCCUCGUUUGAAAUUCAAACAUUUACAGUCCGAUCAAGAAAUUAAAUCUUAUCUAUCUAGAAUUCUUAAAAUUGAUGGUACGAGCUCAAGUAAUAGAAUAAAUGAGUUGAUAUUACGAGUCAUGAAUCAUUCUUUUAAGCCCAAUCUCGAGGUCAUCAAGCAUGAUGAGCUCCCUUCAAUCCAACAUCAGUAUGUUAAUACUACAACAAUCCCACAAGAGUAUGAUACUACGACAAUCCAACAUCAGUAUGUUAAUACUUCAACAAUCCCACAAGAGUAUGAUACUACGACAAUCCAACAUCAGUAUGUUAAUACUUCAACAAUCCCACAAGAGUAUGAUACUACGACAAUCCAACAUCAGUAUGUUAAUACUUCAACAAUCCCACAAGAGUAUGAUACUACGACAAUCCAACAUCAGUAUGUUAAUACUUCAACAAUCCCACAAGAGUAUGAUACUACGACAAUCCAACAUCAGUAUGUUAAUACUUCAACAAUCCCACAAGAGUAUGAUACUACGACAAUCCAACAUCAGUAUGUUAAUACUUCAACAAUCCCACAAGAGUAUGAUACUACGACAAUCCAACAUCAGUAUGUUAAUACUUCAACAAUCCCACAAGAGUAUGAUACUACGACAAUCCAACAUCAGUAUGUUAAUACUUCAACAAUCCCACAAGAGUAUGAUACUACGACAAUCCAACAUCAGUAUGUUAAUACUUCAACAAUCCCACAAGAGUAUGAUACUACGACAAUCCAACAUCAGUAUGUUAAUACUUCAACAAUCCCACAAGAGUAUGAUACUACGACAAUCCAACAUCAGUAUGUUAAUACUUCAACAAUCCCACAAGAGUAUGAUACUACGACGAUCCAACAUCAGUAUGUUAAUACUUCAAUAAUCCCACAAGAGUAUGAUACUACGACAAUCCAACAUCAGUAUGUUAAUACUUCAACAAUUCAACCCUGGUCGCCUUCACAUGAGGAUGUUGAUGCUUGCAUCCAGUCGUUUUAUUUUGACAAAACUAAACUCCAAGGAGAUUUUAUUUUAUAA